AUGGAACGCGAGGAGGCCAUCAACGCAGUGUCCGGCGCUGUGGCCGGACUUGUCACCGCCGUCUUCGUGUGCCCGCUGGACGUCUUGAAGACCCGACUGCAGGUUACCAAGGCCAGCAGCACCUCCAUAUCGGGGGGCAUUCGCGCCAUCAUCGCUCAUGAAGGGACGCGAGGGAUGUACAAGGGUCUCGGCCCCACGCUGCUGGCUUUGCUGCCAAACUGGGCAGUGUACUUUGUCGUGUACGACAGCCUGAAGCGCCGGCUUGGCGCUGUGACGCCGCCGCAAUCAGCGGCGGAGGGCCCACUGACCCACAUGGCCGCGGCGGCGGGUGCGGGCGUUACGACGAUUUUGGUGACGAACCCGCUUUGGGUGGUUAAAACGCGGAUGCAAUCGCCGUACCUCAGGCGACCGCCGUACAAGAGUACGGCGGAAGCGCUCGUACGGAUCGCGCGGGAGGAAGGGCUACGUGGCCUAUACAGCGGCCUGGCACCUUCCAUGGCGGGGAUUGCCCAUGUUGCGAUUCAGUUUCCGUUGUACGAAUACGCGAAACAGGUACGGAGUACGGAGUACGAUGUGGUUGUCCCUGCAACAGACUGCCUAACGGUUCCGGAGCUGGUUGCCACGUCAGCAUUUGCCAAGGUGGUUGCGUCAACGGUCACCUACCCGCACGAGGUUGUUCGGUCGUACAUGCACCUCAGCGGCAGUGGCCCCCUCUCCGGCCUGAAGGAGGCCAUGGGGGCGGUGUGGCGGGAGGACGGAGUCCGGGGCUUCUACCGGGGCUGCGCAGCCAACCUGGUUCGCACCACCCCGGCAGCGGCCAUGACCUUCACCACAUUCGAGCUGGUGUCCCGGGCGCUGAGAGAAGCCCUGUAA